UCAUGAACCACAAACAGUCUCUCUCUCCCAGCGACGGUUCAUUUCUUCCUCUUUGACCAAAUCCCACAGACUCCGUCAUGUCCUCCGACGGAAACUCCACCGCCGCCGCGGCGGUCGAAAAGAUGUUCUUCUGUUACCAAUGCAACCGAACAGUCACAAUCUCAACCUCCUCCACCUCCUCCGAUCCCUUCUGCCCUCUCUGCUCCGGUGGGUUUCUCGAAGAAUACGACGAACCAAACCCUAAUCCACCCCCAAAUCUGAACCCUAGCGGAGGAGGCUUCUUCCCCAUGUCCGAUCCUUUCUCCACCUUACUCCCUCUCCUAUUCGGCUCCAACCCCUCGAUGCAGCCUCGCUCCACGCGAAACGACGCGUUCGAUCCGGUGUCGUUUCUCCAGAACCACCUCCAGCAUCUCCGAUCCAGCGGCACGCACGUGCAGUUCGUGAUCGAGAAUCACCCCUCCGAUCAAUCAAACCGAGUCCCGGGGAACCUCGGGGACUACUUCUUCGGCCCUGGACUCGAGCAGCUGAUUCAGCAGCUCGCGGAGAAUGAUCCUAACCGGUAUGGAACUCCUCCGGCGUCGAAAUCGGCCGUCGACGGGCUGCCGAGUGUUAAGGUGACGAAGGAUAUGGUGAGGUCGGAGAUGAACCAGUGCGCCGUUUGUAUGGAUGAGUUUGAGGACGGUGGGGAUGUAAAGCAGAUGCCUUGCAAGCACGUGUUUCAUCAGGAUUGUUUGAUGCCGUGGCUGGAGUUGCAUAACUCUUGUCCGGUCUGUCGGUACGAGUUACCCACGGAUGAUCCUGAGUAUGAGAGUAGGGGUCAGGGUCAAGGAGGGGAGGCUAGUGGGGCUGUGGAGACGGGGAGGAGGUUUAGUAUACAGGUGCCUUUGCCGUUUAGGGGACUUGAUGGUGAGGGUUCUGGGUCGGGUGCACCUGGAAGUGGAGGUGGAGCUAAUCUCGAGACCAGGGGGGAUGAUUUGGAUUGAGUAUGGCCAGAGUCAUUGCUUGUAGAUUGGAUUGGAAAAAUGAUGUGCACAAGUUCUCAGGAAAAAGAAAAAAGUGACGUUGAGGUUUUACCAUAUUUUGUACAUUUACCAACAAAAAAAAAGAAGUCAUGUUCUCGUCUGUACCUUUUUGGGAUUAUAACGAUUGUGAGUUUAAAGAAAAAUCGCAAUAUUUCAUUCAA